AUGUCUAAGAGGGCGCGCCGCCACAGGAUAAGUUAUGUUCUCGAGCUAGCCGGUUCCCAGUCCGGCGGCCAUCGACUGGGCGUCAAUGGCCUGGCCGUCGACCGCGAAAAUGCCAUCCUAUACUCGGGCGGCCGCGACGGCGUCGUCUGCGCAUGGGACCUGAACCUCGACUUGAGAAAUCCCGCUGCCGCAGCCGCACCCUCGUCCUCGGCACUCGACUCGAGCCCGCCUGCUCCUGCGAAUGGCGCCGCCCCCGGGCCGACGACCAAGUUCCGCGGCCAGACGCAGGCUCACACCCACUGGAUCAACGACGUCGUUCUCGCCCAGAACUACAAUGCCCUGGUGUCGGGCUCGUCGGACCUCACGGUCAAGGUCUGGCGCCCGCACGCCGACCCCCGCGAGGAGCCCGCCACCAUCGGCCAGCACGCCGACUACGUCAAGCGAGUCGCCAUGCCGAGCCAGCAGAGCAGCUGGGUCGCAUCUGGCGGCCUGGAUCGCAGGGUCUUCCUGUGGGAUCUGAGCGGCGCCGGCAAGACGCUCGAGAUCGACACGAGCGGCGAGGAGGUGGUCGAGAAGGGCUCCGUCUACGCCCUGAGCGUCAACCACAGCAUCAUCGCCAACGGCGGCCCCGAGUCGACGGUGCGUUUGUGGGACCCUCGCACCGGCAAGCGCAUCACCAAGUUCGUUGGCCACACUAGCAUGAUCCGUGACAUCCUGGUCAAUGAAGCCGGCGACACCGUCAUGACGGCAAGCUCGGACCAGACGGUCAAGGUCUGGAGCGUUACGGCCGGCCGCUGCAUGCACACCCUGACCAUGCACAACGACAGCGUCUGGUCCCUGUACUCGGAGGACCCCAACCUCGAGGUGUUCUACAGCAGCGACCGCUCCGGCAUGGUGGUCAAGACGGACGUCCGCGGUACCAACGGUGAGUACGACGACGGCCUCUCGCUCGCCCUCGCCCAGGAGACCGCCGCUGUGAGCAAGGUCGUCGCUUGCGGCAGCCACCUCUGGACCGCCACUGCGAGCUCCUCCAUCAACAGGUGGUCUGACGUCGACACGGGUCCCGAUGUCGCCCUGCCCGAGCCCUACCGCGCGCAGUAUCACAAACAGCGGAGGCCGUCCGUCGUCUCCACCCCGUCAUCCCCCACGACCACUACCCCAGCCCCCGCCGCCGCCACGAGCGCGGCCGGCGGCUCGGCCAAGAAGGAGAUCCCGGCCAGCGCCAUUCUGAGGGUGUCCAACACGGCCGUCUUCCCCAGCAUACCCUUCAACCCAUCAGACGCCAACGCAACAUCGGGAGCGAGCAUCCACAGGAAGGGCUCUGAGAUUCUAAUGGAGCCGGCCGUGGCGGCUGCCGAGCCUAUCCAGCGUCUUCCCGAGGAGACCAUCGAGGGCCAGUUCGGCCUGGUCAAGCACCGCCUGCUGAACGACCGCCGGAGAGUGCUGACGCUGGACACGGCCGGUGAUGUCUUGUUGUGGGACCUCAUCAAGUGUCGGCCAAUCCAGCGUUUUGGCAAGAAGCACUUGGAGGAUGUCGAGCCCGAGAUCAAUACCGUCGAGGCCGUGGCCCCUUGGUGCUCCAUCGACACGAGCUCAGGAAACCUCACCGUGGUUCUCGAGCCCUUCAACUGUUUCGACGCCGAGAUGUACGCCGACGAGCUGGUGACAGAGGAGCCGGUCGAGUUUAGGGAAGACCAGAGGAUAAACCUCGGCAAGUGGAUUCUGCACUACUUGUUUGCCAACUUGAUCGACGAGGAGAUCAGGCGCGACGAGGCCCACAGGGCAACCCUCAACGAGGCUGUUGAGAAGAGGAUAGAGGCGGCCAAGGCGAACCCGCCCAUGUCUAUAGAUCUUCCCGACCCCUCUAUUCUGCCUGGCCCCGACGAUGGUGUCACCCCAGUCGCGACGCCCCGGCCGAACGGAAGCGGAGCCACUCCUGGGCUGACCAUCGGGCUCGCUACACCCGCGCUUCAGCAGGCUCGCUCGUCCCUGGGCGACUCCCUGCCGGCGGCGACCCCGGUGGAGAAGCGAUCGUCCCAGAUCAGCCGUCCUUCGGUCGAGAAGGACGACUAUUUCUCCAACGCCAUCGCCUCGGUCGAGUCGGCCAAGCCGGCCGCCACCCCGGCCGAGCCUCCGACACCAGCGACCCCUACGGCCGAGCCCAAGACUCCUGGCGUUGAAAACGUCAAAGACAAGGACAAGGAGAACAACGGCAAAUCGCCCAGCACACCGUUCGGUAAGAAGUUCCGUAUUGGCAUGCCGUUCGGGUCUAAGAAGCUGGGCCGGUCCGCGUCGUCGACGGCGCCCGAGAAGCCGGCCGUGGUGGACGAGAAGGCCGAGGAGCAGCAGUCGGAGUCGUCGUCGAGCCACGAGAAGGAGGUGGACGACAGCUUCUACGGCGUCAUACAAAAGAUACGCAACGAGUACGAAAAGGGGCUGGCCGAGGCGCCCGACAGGCUGGUGGAGACGCGCGUGGUGCCGAGCCUGCCGAGCGAGACUCCGGUGCUCAAGCUGCCUCCCGGCACAAAGGUCAUCAUUCAGGAGGAGAUGCAGGGCGGCAGCGCCGAGCUGUACCGCGGCACCGUCGAGACGGUGGGACACGACGCCGACGCUAUCGAGCAGCAGGCGCCCAUGUGGCUCGGUGACGUGCUGCUGCUCAACUCGGUGCCGCCAAAGGACCCCGUCAAGGUGUCGUUCGUGCUGCAUCCCUGGCAGGACACGCUGCCGCACAUCGCCACCACGGACGGCAAUAACCGCCUCAAUGCGAACCGCAUGCUCCGCGUCCGCAAGAUCCUCGCCUACGUCGCCGAGCGCAUCGACCCGCCCGAGGACCCCGAGAACCCGGACCCGGACGCUCUCAAGCCCGAGGAGUACCUUGAGCUUUACUGCCAGGACCAGCUACUUCCCAACUCCAUGAGCCUGGCCACCCUCCGCGCUCACAUCUGGAGAGGCGGUAACGACGUGGUCCUCCACUACAAAGGCAACGGGAGGAAGCACAUACCGAUCCCUCCUCGCCCGCCGACCCCGCCGCCACAGGAGCCCAAGCUCCAAGAGGCACCUGCCCCGGCCAAGACGCCCGUGAUCCAAGCAACCACCACGACGGCUGCCAUUGCCGCAUCCCUUCGCUGA